GGCUGCGCCGUUAUUUUCGCCUCUGCUUCGGAAAACACUUUACCCCGAGAGACGCACUUCAGCAUGUCAGUGGCUCUGCGCACUCAGCUGUUCCUCUUCCUGAUCUCCCUCUCAUCGAGGAUGGGGCUCAGUCGCUACAUUGAGGACAACGAAGCUUCAGAUGGAUUAUAUUCUCUGCUCAAUUUGGACCAGAAAAGAGAAUCAGAGGAUUUUGUUUUCCGCCGACCUCUCAGAUGUUUGGACAUGCUGGCCACUGAUGGCUACUUCACCUUUGUGGCGUCUCAGCCACAGCUUGCCUGUGCUGCUUUUGUCAUCGCUGAGCCCAGUGAGGUCAUCAGUCUGGAGCUUACUGACGUCAGCAUCGACUGCAACGCCGGGGACUUCAUCAAGAUGUUUGACGGCUGGGUUCUGAAGGGAGAGAAAUUCCCCAGCAGGCAGGACCACCAGCUCCCUCUACACCAGCGCUACACAGACUACUGCUCGUCCCCAGCACCAGGAGCCACCAGCCGCUCCUCUCAGAACGUCGCCAUGAUUUUCUUCCGCAUUCACAGCCCCGACAGCGGCUUCACCCUCGCUGUCAAAAAGCUACACAACCCAUUCCCCUGUAACAUCAUGUCUCAGAGUCCAGAGGGCAGUUUCACCAUGGUGAUGCCACAUCAGCGCAGGAACUGCAGCUUCUCCGUCAUCUACCCCGUGGAGAUCCGACUGACAGAACUCAGCCUGGGGCAGGCCGUAAGCAAUGAACUAAGCCCACAGAGGCAGGUGUGGUCAGGCUGUUCGGGGUCAGGUGACUAUGUGGAGCUGCUAGGGGGGAAUGGAGUGGACACCUCUAAGAUGUUCCCUGUAGCUGACCUCUGUUUCUCCCUCAGUGGUCUUGCCCAGAUGAAGAUUGGUUGUGAUAACUCAGUGGUGAGGCUGGUGUCCAGUGGGAACUAUAUCAACCGUGUGUCCUUUCAGUACCGACUACUGGAACAGCGCGAGCUCCCCAAGACCAGAGAGAACAGUCUGGACAACUUCUGCGCUGUGGAAUGAGAUUACACACACACACAAUCACAGAGUCAUUCAUCUCUCUGUAAAUACACCAGUUUGACAAAUGCUGUCAAUACAAGUUUUGUAUUGUUUUGGCCAAACAUUUUAUUUAGUGUCCUGAUUAUGUUAGCUUUGAUUAUAGUGUAUUUAUUUGAGAAAUAGUUUUAAUUAAUGGGUGAUGGUGGAUUUAAUUGUUCUCCUUUAGGUAAUUUGUCAAGAAAAUCUGUGAUACAUUAUAUUUCUUGGCAGCGGCAUUCAUUUCCAACCUUCCCUCUGUUGUUCUUAGUUUAUAUCAGUUUUAGUUUUCUUUGGGGGGGUUUAAAUCUCUGCUGUCUCUUCUGUUUAUAUUGCCUUGACAAUUUGAAAAUAAAUAUGACUUGCAUGAUAAAGCGCAUUUUUAAAGUUC